GGGAUGUUUGUCCUGGGCCUGCCCUAUGCCAUCCUUCAUGGUGGAUACCUAGGACUCUUUUUAAUAAUUUUCGCUGCAGUGGUUUGCUGCUACACUGGGAAAAUCCUUAUUGCCUGUCUGUAUGAAGAGAAUGAGGAUGGGGAGAUAGUCAGGGUGAGAGACUCCUACGUGGACAUAGCGAACGCGUGCUGCGCGCCCCGCUUCCCCACCCUCGGAGGCAGAAUUGUGAACGUGGCUCAGAUCAUUGAACUGGUCAUGACUUGCAUUCUCUAUGUAGUGGUCAGUGGGAACCUGAUGUACAACAGCUUCCCCAACUUGCCCGUCUCCCAGAAGUCGUGGUCCAUCAUUGCCACGGCAGUGCUCCUGCCUUGUGCGUUCUUGAAGAACCUCAAGGCAGUCUCCAAGUUCAGCUUGCUCUGCACAUUAGCCCACUUUGUCAUCAACAUCUUGGUGAUCGCCUACUGCCUCUCCAGGGCACACGACUGGGCCUGGGACAAAGUCAAGUUUUACAUUGAUGUGAAGAAGUUUCCCAUCUCCAUUGGCAUUAUUGUCUUCAGCUACACCUCGCAGAUCUUUCUGCCUUCCUUGGAGGGGAAUAUGCAGAACCCCAAGGAGUUUCAUUGCAUGAUGAACUGGACUCACAUAGCAGCUUGCAUCCUUAAGGGACUCUUUGCCUUGGUUGCUUAUCUGACCUGGGCUGAUGAGACCAAGGAAGUCAUUACAGACAACUUGCCAUCCACCAUUAGGGCAGUAGUCAACAUUUUCUUGGUGGCCAAAGCCUUGCUCUCCUACCCCUUGCCGUUCUUUGCGGCUGUGGAAGUGCUGGAGCGGUCCCUUUUCCAAGAUGGAAACAGGGCAUUCUUCCCCAACUGCUACGGGGGUGAUGGGCGGCUCAAAUCCUGGGGACUCACCCUCAGGUGUGCCCUGGUAGUGUUCACCCUGCUCAUGGCUAUCUAUGUCCCACAUUUUGCCCUCUUGAUGGGUCUUACUGGGAGCCUCACAGGUGCAGGGCUCUGCUUCCUGCUCCCCAGUCUUUUCCACCUCAAACUCUUGUGGAGGAAGCUCUUGUGGCACCAUGUCUUCUUUGAUGUGGCCAUUUUCGUUAUAGGGGGUAUCUGCAGCGUCUCUGGGUUCAUCCACUCUUUAGAAGGCCUCAUAGAGGCUUUCAGAACCAAUGCUGAAGACUAAGGAGGGGUCAGAGCUGGUUGCAGUAAGAGAAUUGCAUCGAAUAUCCGCAUAGCCAAAUAAUUCUGCAUCCCUUUAAUGGAAAGAGUCAUUAUUUUCGUUACGUGCAUCCAACAAAUUCUAUGUGAUAGAAUCUGCAAAUUAAAGGAACUAAGAAGAGAUUAAAGUGUUUGCCCUGCUGUCUUUUUAAAUAAGCUAAGAUUUAAAUAUAUAUUUUUUGUUAUUUAGAAUUUUUGGAAGGAAAUUAUCUGGUGCCCCACCCCUAUGUCCUCACUCGUUGCCUGAAGCUUGGCUCCCCCCCCCCAACAAAUGAUGUGUUGGGAAACAGUCGCAGUGUUCGAUACCCCCCCCUUACAGAUAUGCAAUUCAGUGUUUCGGGAGCUGAAACACAGGUGCCGGAUCC